AUGUGUCCCAACACCGGCUCCGGAGCCACCAAAUGCUAUCUCUCUGUCACCGCGCUCUCUUCCCACGGCCCCAACGCCAUACUCAACGCCUACGAGGCCAACUACAGAGUCACGCACUAUCAGGCCCAGCAGCUGUCGCUCUUCUCGCACUUUUUCGAGCAGAUACAGCGCCAGGAUGGAUGUGCAAGGCGUCCAGCAGAAGCGCAUUUGUCUCCAAAUGACCUGGCGCCCACCAUACGCAUCUCGCUUCCGAUGCCCAUGCAUUUUGAUGCGCUCCUCCACUGGCUCUACCACCAAGACGAUGAAGCCAUUCACCAAGCGCUCGAUGGGGACGCCGACUCGGACUCUCUCGUGCUGUACUUUGGCUUGAUCGAGAAUGCUCGGUAUCUCCUUGUUCAAGACAGCUUCUUCGAGGCCCUUGGUGUCUGGACGGGCCGCCGCUGGUCUCGUCUCUCACUCCACCUCCAUCCCAAGUUCACCCACUUCCACAUCCCCGAGCCCCUCAUUGUGGCGGCUGUGUUGGCGGUUCCAUACUCCUGCUGGCUGUAUGACAGCGUCGAUACACAGAUGCUCGACAAGUGGGCCAACGACAAUAGGUUCAAGCACAGCAAGAUUACCAAGCGUCUGGGCCUGGCUUCUGGGACUGGAUUCCAGCGGUUGGCUGCACAAAACCCAUCUGGGCCCCCCACGACGGACUCUGAAGCGACCUUGCACCGAUUCGGCGCACCUGUGGCCAAGGGUCAUCAAGACGACCACUCGAUUCUCGAUCUUUACAUCACUCCAGACAUCGUCGGUACGCACUGCCGAGGUCUGGAGAGGCACGAGGUUACUGACGACGCCGAAAGCGACACCUUGCGUGGUGCUGACGUUGAGGAUGAAGACUCGGAUAUCCUGAACCAAAGCUGGCCGGGCUCGAAACGAAGCCUGGCUGCACUCGCCUCCGGAGACCGCGCCGGAUCGGCGAAAGGCGGCAUCCUACAGAGUGCCCUGGAUACAGUGGCCAUGACCGGGAGCAAGAUCAAGGGCCUGGGCUACCGUCUGAAGCUGUAG